GCGUGACAUCACUUUGUAAUCACGAUUGUAAACAUGAUGCCAACACUGGUGUCCAUGUCUACGGUUUGAAAUAUGAUCGAUUAAUACGCAGUUUAUGGUCAUUUCUUUUUUUUUUUUUUUUCUGAAGCUACAACUGAUGUGAGAAUGUAUUGAUGUGUAGAUGAUGCUGGUGAAGUUGGUGGUAGAACUUAAAAGUUUUAGACAAAACUGUUGACGUGUGACAAAUGACAUAAUGUAAAAUAAAAACAAUUGGAGUAAUUGAGUGUCAUGACUGUUUGAAAAGUUAUUUAGCUGUUGGUUUAUUGAUAAAUUAAAAUGCAUUAUUAAUUAAAUUGCAUAAAUUAUUUAGUUGGUCGCGAUAAUUAAAUGCCGCAGGUUCAUUGAAUGCUGGUCAAAAUGGCUUGUCUUGAAACUCAACCUCAUCUGUACAGUAAAUGGUGCAAUAAAACAGUGAAGGAUAAAUUUAAAGUAGACAAUGAACAGCAGGAGCAAUCGGUGACAAUGAGUAGUACUGUCCCUCCAAUAGAAUGCUGUGAAUUAAAUGACAGUGAUAAUAAGGUAGUAAGUUUGAAAAAUAUUAUAAAUCAAGAUCCUCAAGCUGCUGAUUUCAAAUGGUCGCUGUUUGUUGCUGCUUGUCAUACGUACAGACACAACACUUGUCUCAAACCAUUCCCGCCAAUGUACGUCAAGAACGAGUGUAAAGACAUUGAAGGAUUGAGAGAAGCCAUUGAAAUUAUACCGCCACUGGCUAUCAUGUACGAGCGUCUUGAUGAUCCGAAAGUGUACGAAGAUCAUCAACCAGCGAUUGACUUAUUACACUGGGUGCUUGUGGGUCUUCGUGAUCCUCACAUUAAAUCUGUCGAUAAAAAUUCCUAUGAAUCAAUAAUGAAUAAAGUGCCCUCGCAGUUGGCUGUGAAGAAACCAAAUUUAAUAUUCCAAUUAGUCUCUCCCAAUGAAUCUUCAAGAGAAGAACGAUGGAAAAAUGCUCUGAGAGGACGUUCCACAUUUCACGCAUACCACGGAAGUCGUUUAGAUAAUUUUCACUCCAUUAUUCACUACGGAAUCCAGCAGCACAUGAGCCAAAACGGAUUAUUUGGCAAGGGAAUUUAUCUCUCAAGCGAGCUGGAAGUUAGUCUGCACUGGGCUCCUUCCGGGUACGGAUGGGGUGGCAGUAUGUUGGGUAGAGAGUUAAGUUGCAUUGCGCUCUGUGAGCUCGUCGAUCAUCCGGACAUUAAAAAAGGCGAUACAGAGGAACUCAGUAAUACUCUAAAAGUUGCUGUUGGCAAAAAAGUACCGAACAAAUAUUACUUGGCGCUCAAUAGUGAUUUAGUUCGUAUACGUUACAUUCUAGUCUACAGUAAAGAUUUAUGUGCAAUAAAACAUUCCGAAUUGAAUGGACUUGUCGGCUGGUUCAAACAAAAUAAACUCCUAACACUUUUACUUGGUUACGUUGUGCUACUAGUCUCCGUCGGUUUGAGUCACAACAAAAACGUCGAACGAUACUACAAAUUAUUUAUUAAAAAAAUUGGUUUUGAUUGAAUAAAUUUACACAUGUUUUGAAUUACUUUUUGCUCAAAUAUAUUAAAAAAAAAAAGUUUUUUUUUUUUUUUAAAUGCUUUAAUAAAUAUUUCGUAUAAUAUAUUUGAUUUUUUGUAAUUUACAAAUAAAUAAUGUCUAUAAAUAUAAUAAAUUUUUUU